UUCUUUUUGUUCUGGUUUCAUCAUCAUCAGAUUCACCGGUGAACAUGGAGGCAAGCUUAAGAGCUUCUGGUAACCGUCGGCACGGGAAAUUGACGAAUCGAUCCGAUCUGGUAAAAAAACCAGUAAUUCCAUUCGCCUUCGCCUUAACUCUCGCUGAUGCAAUCCUCGUCGCACUUAUCAUCGCCUAUGUUCCAUACACGAAGAUCGAUUGGGAUGCUUACAUGUCACAGGUUAGUGGGUUUCUUGGGGGAGAGAGAGACUAUGGGAAGUUGAAAGGAGAUACAGGGCCAUUGGUUUAUCCGGCAGGUUUCCUCUAUAUUUACUCUGCUGUGCAGCAUUUAACCGGAGGGGAAGUCUACCCUGCUCAGAUUCUUUUCGGAGUUCUCUACAUUUUCAAUCUGGCCAUCGUCUUGUUCAUCUAUGCGAAGACUGAUGUGGUGCCAUGGUGGGCGCUAUUUCUACUGUGUUUAUCCAAGAGAAUACAUUCGAUCUUUGUUCUCCGUCUCUUUAAUGAUUGUUUUGCCAUGACUCUCCUACAUGCGUCAAUGGCUCUCUUUCUCUAUCGUAAAUGGCAUCUCGGCAUGCUUGUUUUCAGCGGAGCUGUUUCCAUAAAGAUGAAUGUACUUUUGUAUGCUCCACCUUUGUUACUCUUGCUACUAAAGGCCAUGAAUAUAAUUGGAGUGGUAUCUGCUUUAGCUGGUGCAGCUCUUGUUCAGAUUUUCGUGGGAUUGCCCUUUCUGAUAACAUAUCCGGUUUCAUACAUUGCAAACGCCUUUGAUCUUGGACGUGUUUUUAUUCACUUCUGGUCUGUUAACUUCAAAUUUGUUCCAGAAAAAGUUUUUGUGUCCAAAGAAUUUGCGAUAUGCUUGCUCAUUGCUCACCUAUGUCUCCUUGCGGCGUUUGCAAAUUCUAAAUGGUGCAAGCAAGAAGGCGGGAUUAUAGGCUUCAUGCGUUCUAAGCGUUUCUUCUUGACGCUUCCAUCUUCCCUCUCGUUCAAUGAUUUCUCAACCGCAGAGAUUCUUACGAAAGAACAUAUCGUGACAACCAUGUUUGUUGGGAAUUUCAUUGGCAUUGUAUGCGCUCGUUCCAUGCACUACCAGUUCUACUCAUGGUACUUUUAUUCGCUGCCUUUUCUGCUAUGGAGAACUUCGUUUCCUACUUGGCUGCGCUUGAUCUUGUUCUUCGGUAUCGAGCUUUGCUGGAACGUGUAUCCAUCAACACCAGUCUCCUCGGCUUUGUUACUGUGUCUACACUUGACCGUCCUGUGGGGUCUCUGGUUGGCCCCUUUAUAUAAUCCUUAUCAACUCAAAAAAGACCAAAGCCACAGAAAGCAUAAGUGAACCUUUGAUGAUGCUCUUUUGCUCUUCUUGUUUCUCAAGACUUUGUUAGAGAUAAAGCUUGACUUAUAUAUAUCAUGGUGAUUUAUAUACCUUGGCUUUUUCAGCCUUUUUUUUUUUUGGUCUUUAUCCAAGUACAUGUGUUAUAAAUGUGUUUGUCCUCAAA